GGGGGUUACGCCCUGAAAAGUCAGGACCUGAAACGCUGCAAUGCGUUGGGCUGGGUAAGGGCGAUGCUGGGGGCGGGGGGAUUGAAGAUGCUGGUGGUCCCUAAGCCCCACCAUGUGCAUCCCAUCACCGCAUCCCUUCUCCCCACCCUCAUUUUCCCUUCCAUGGGGCAGCUGGAGCUCAGCUCCUCCAGCCAGGGCUCCAGCUGCCCCCACUUGCCCCAGUAAUGAUUUACUAGCCGGAGGGGCCGCUCCCAGCCUCCGCCCUGUGGACCUUGGAGCCCAGGCUGGUUGCGCCGUGGCUCCUCUCCACUGAAAAUGUUUUCUCUGGGGUCCUGGCUGCCGCCAUUGCCUGGGCUGGCGUGGGGCUGGGCGCUGCUGGAUGCGCUCCUGCAAGGGCUGGUGGGUGCCUGCGCUGUGUCGAUGCUCUGCAGCCUCCUGAAGGUUUAUCUUUACAUCCAGUGCCUGAACCACCCCGAGAGGCAGGCGCAGAAGGAGGCGAUCCAGGCGCAGCGGCAGGUGCUGGAGCCGCUACACGUGGUGGUGCUGACGGCCGUGCUGGCACUGGUGGGCUCCCGCGUGGCCGCGCUGGUGGUGCUGGAGUUCUCCCUGCGCGCCAUUUCCACUGUCCUCUCCCUCGGCAAGGGCGCCCACAGCAGCCAGCUCUACCUGCUGUGCCAGUACUCGCUGGGCUGUGGGGUGUCCUGUGGCCUCAGCUUCUUGCUGGAAGGGGCUCCCCACAGGACCUGCAACCUGGCGCUGGCGGCGGGGCUGGCGGGGCUGCUGGCUGCCUACACCCGGCGCCUGGCUCGUCACGUCUGCACCCUCUACGAGCUGCACAGCCGAGCACGUUACUGCGGCAUCUGCAUCCUCCUCCUCACUGCCGGGCACGGCAUCCCCAGGCUGCUCCGCAAUGCUUUGGCCAUCACCUUUGCCGUGGCUGAUCUGGCUGCCGUGACGCUCAUCAACCGGGAUUUCUUCUCCACGGCGGAGGCCGUCCGCUUCUGGACACCGCUCACCAUCUGCUACACGCUGCUGGUCACCUACAUGCAAGAGGAGCAGCGACAGAGCUCCGGCGGGCGGCCGGUGUACCAGACGGUGCUGGUACGGAUGGGCGGCCUCUUCAUCCUCCUCCUCACCGUCGGCCGUUGGAGCGACGUCCUCCACGUCUUCAUCUCACUGCUGGGAGAGCUGUGGUGCCUGCUCCGAGCCGGUGUCUUGCUGGAGGCAUGCUGGCAGCAGGAUUUCGCCCAGUGGUCUCAGCUGGAUAGGCGGUCAGGAUCAAGAUCGGAGGAAGCAUCUUGAUAAACUGUGGGGUGUAACCAGGCAUCAGAAACUCAGGGUGGAUUUGCCCAGGUCCCCGAAACAUGGGCACCCCCCACAUCCUCCCUGCUGCAGAUCCCCCAUGGGGACAAAGGCAAAAGGGCUCCCAGAAGGUGCUCGACCCCAUCCCACGGUGUGGGGGAGGCCGGGGGGAGGCUUACAUGGCCCCUGGGUUUUGGGAGGACCCAGUGAGGUUGGGGUGCUGCUGAGGGUUUGCUCCCUGGUCCCACCGGAGAUGUGGGGUGCUGAUGGAUGUCCCCAUCCUCAGAGGCUGCAGGGCCAUGCUGUCGUAGUGCAGGGGCCUCCAGGGGCUUAUAAAUCUCAGAAAAUAAAGGUGUUUUCCAGCAAAAUUCAUGGACA